AUGAUGCGAUACAAAGAGGAAAAAGAAGCUAAGAAGGAAUCAUUUAGGAAAUAUCUUGAAUCAAGUGGAGCUGUUGAUGCUCUAACCAAAGUUCUUGUUGCUUUGUAUGAGCAAAACGACAAACCUUCUUCUGCUCUUGAGUUCAUUCAACAGAAAUUAAGUUGUCCUUCUAUCUCUGAAUAUGAAAAGUUGCAAGCUCAAUUCUCUGAUCUACAAAUCAGAUAUAAUGAUCUUCUCACUACACACCACAACACCUGCAAAGAGUUAGAAGAAAUGAAAAGCUCCCAUGCAUUAGGAAUGGCAUCAACGAAGGAAACAACUGAUAAUGAAUCACCAGCUAAAGAUGAUUCUUGA